GUGGCCUGAGGGCUGUGGGCGUGGCGCCGUGACGCAGGGAGGCCGUCGCCAAGGAGACGGAGCCGGGGCCGUUUGUUUAUCGUCACCACCACCAACCACCACCAUCGUCACCACCACCACCAACAACCACCACCAUCGCCACCACUAACCACCAACAAUCACCACCACCGUAACUAAUCACCACCACCACCAACCACCACCAUCGCCACCAACCACCACCGCCACCAUCGCCACCACCGUAACUAAUCACCACCACCAUCGCCACCACCAACCACCACCACCACGAACCACCACCACCAACCACCACUACCAACCACCACCGUGGUGAUGAUGACGAUGAGGUAACGAGCGAGAAGAAGGAGCAAGGGGGCCUGUUCGAGUCGUGUGGUUUACAAACAUUUCCACAACAACAACAAACCAUUCUAACAAGAACAACAACAAACCAUUCUAACAACAACAACAACAAACCAUUCAAACAACAACAACGGCGGCAGCAACAACAACGAGAGGAGCUUCAGAUGACGCACCUUCCGACGUCCACGGAGUCCUCCUCCCAGCUGCAGGCGUACGUGUGCUGGGUGAACGGGCAGCUGCGCCGCGUGCCAGGAGCGGCGCCCAUCCGAGAGUUGCGAGCGGACAUGAGGGAUGGCACGGCGCUCGCCAACCUUCUACUGGCGCUACUGGGCGUGCACGUGCAUGUCCACGAGACGCCGAGCACCGCGGACGAGGCGAGGGACAACGUGGAGGCCGUUCUGGGCUUCAUCGCGAGCCGCGGCGUGCGUCUGCACCAGACGUCUGCGCAAGACAUCAUCGACGGCAACCUGAAGCCAAUCAUGCGCGUCGUCCUUGCGCUGGCCGCCCACUUCAAGCCGAUCAAUCACAGGCGCCGAUACUCGGGCUCCGGCGUGGACGAGGCCUCGUCGCCGACGGCGAUGGCCAAUCGCGCGCCGCGCUCCGCCGUUUCCAUGGCGCAGAGCCCCGCUGCCAUCUGUGAGGCCCGGGUCCCCCCAUGCCCCCCACAAAGUGAGGACUCCGCACCCCCCGGACUUCCCGAGACUCCCAGUUCCCCCAGCGCCGUGACCUUCCGCAGCGUCCGUGAUCGCGUGCGUCACUACGAGGGUCAGCGGGGUCACGGGGUCACCGGGGACACGCCCGCGUCGCCACGGUCACAAUGCGAUGCCACGUCAAUCAAGCCAAUCGCCGUGGCCCUGGCGGAUCACGUGACCGACACGUCCGGCCAAUCGGAGCAAGGCCGAACAACGCUGAAGGAGCGGUUGCGCAUUUACUCCGAGGAUGGCGGGGGUUUUCUGGAGGCUGUCGGCUGGGAGGCUGAUGUGAGAGGCGUGCAGAACCUGCUCAACUCUCUGCAGGCCGUGCUGCUCAACGGAAUUCUCUCCGAGGAGGAGGAAGAGGAGCUUCAGCUGCAGCUGUCCGAGGACAACGCCUGGGAAAAGACGAUCAUCCUACAGGGCCGACUGCAUCAGGCCACUGAGGAAUGCCACCUCCUGAAGCAAGACGUCUUGAAGUGGAAACAAGAGAGCGUGCACACGAAGGGCGUCGUGGAUGGCCUGCGGAGCUGCCUGACGCAGCAGGAGGCCACGCUGCUGCAGGCGAAACAGGAGCUGCUGCGAGCCAACAUAGAGAGGGAGAGCGCCGUGCAUCACAACGCUGAAUUGCAAAAGAAGUUGGAAGAGAAAUCCGCCCUCAUCUCCGAGCUCAGGAGGGAGGCAACGCUGCGGAGGAGGGAGGGGGAGGAGGGACGCUCGCAGAGGAGAAGUUGCUCCAACGGGGCAGCCCGCCCCUCCGGCCUCACCUCGCCCGGUCACAAUCCCGGACAUACCUCGGCAAGCCACAGCUACGUCCAUGCCAACCACUCGCUGAUCCGCGAGUCUCUGGGCAGCCUGAGGCGAGGGCUGUCUUCCCACGACCCGCGGCAGCACACCCUGGACACGCUAGAGCAAAGCAUCCUGGUCCUCCUGGAGUCGUCAGGGAGGGCGUCGCACGCGCGGGACGCUCGCGCGGGAACCAAGCCGACCUCGGCAGGCCCCCGCGCCCCCCUCGCCGUGGCCGCCCCCCCACACGCAGCCAGCGCCAGCGCAAGCAACUCGCCCGCCUCCUGAUGCCAGCGUGCGCCAAAGCCUCCU